GACAACAAAUCUGAUGCUAAUGGAGAAGGUAAAAGACAAUCCGAGGACAAGGAUGGAGAUGGCUUUUCUGUGUCCCUGAAUGUCCAGCACUUCUCCCCAGAAGACCUGAGGGUGAAAGUAAUUGGAAGAAAAGUGCUGGUGACAGGAAAACACGAGAAGAAAUGUGAUGAUGGCAGCGGCUGUUACAGCUACAAAUAUGAAGAGUUCAGGAGAGAAUUCCAGCUGCCAGAGGAUGUCGAUGCUGAAGCUCUUCGAUGCUGUUUGUCACAGGACGGUCGGUUGAAGGUUCAAGCCCCGCGCCUGGCACUGCCAGCUGUGAGUGAACAGACUGUCCCCGUCAACAUCACCUCGGAUACAACAACCACUCCCCGGCUCAAUCCUGACCAAGAGACAGAGAAAUAGGAGAGUGGGAAGGAUGUGGGGAUCAAGAAAGCUGAAGAACAGAUGAGCGGUUAAGACUCUGUUACAAUGAACAGCUGAAGAUGUAAUAAUUGUUCAAAACCGGCAAUUAAUUUCUGUGAAUGUGAGAUAAGGAGACAUUGCUGUCCAGUUAAUAGUUUUCAAUUUAGAAACCUAUACAGUGCUGUUAUCAAUGUUCAUGUGGUUUAUUUUUGAAUGUAUAUUGGAAGAA